AUGGAAAGAAGACGACUCUCUCAGACUGUGUAUGGAUCCAACAGAGAUAAACAAGCAUGUAAAAAGGGAACCCUUCCUGUUGCCUACCAGAGGGGAGAUAUUCAGGGACAUAACAGGGGAGAACAGGGGAGAGCGAGCGGUCGCAUCCGCACUUCGGUCCGCAGACCAUACAAACGCUCCACACCGCGUGGCCGCGGCCACCAUAAUCUGGUGGUCCCAGCGCGCACGACCCACGUGGAGUUCCAGGUCUCCGGUAGCCUCUGGAACUGCCGAUCUGCGGCCAACAAGGCAGAGUUCAUCUCAGCCUAUGCCUCCCUCCAGUCCCUCGACUUCUUGGCACUGACGGAAACAUGGAUCACCACAGAUAACACUGCUACUCCUACUGCUCUCUCCUCGUCCGCCCACGUGUUCUCGCACACCCCGAGAGCUUCUGGUCAGCGGGGUGGUGGCACCGGGAUCCUCAUCUCUCCCAAGUGGUCAUUCUCUCUUUCUCCCCUUACCCAUCUGUCUAUCGCCUCCUUUGAAUUCCAUGCUGUCACAGUUACCAGCCCUUUCAAGCUUAACAUCCUUAUCAUUUAUCGCCCUCCAGGUUCCCUCGGAGAGUUCAUCAAUGAGCUUGAUGCCUUGAUAAGCUCCUUUCCUGAGGACGGCUCACCUCUCACAGUUCUGGGCGACUUUAACCUCCCCACGUCCACCUUUGACUCAUACCUCUCUGAAGACCUCAGCCUCCAGACCCAGACUGUAGACCAUCACAUGAAGCACUCAGAGACACGGGUCCUUACAGCCUCCAGACCCAGACUGUAG